AGACACUGAGCUUAUCCAUUUUGUAUGAGCCCUUGCUUACCGCGCGUAGUCCAUAAAUAGAGGUCAAGCAAACUGUCUACAGUCCCACACUUCACUCCACUGUGGCUCCUUGUUCAUCUUUGUAUUCUCUGUAAGGGUUAGCUGGAUCGAGAGCUAGCAGGGGCGAUCGAGAGGUGAUCGAGCCAUAUGGGGGUCAGGGUGGUGGUGACCAUGACCACUGCGGCAGCCGCCGCCUGCUGCUUGCUGUUGCUGCAGCUGUUUGUUGGUUGCGUCGCCGUCGCGGCGGCUCUGCCGACGAAGGGCGGCGGCGCCGGCGGCGACGACUACUUGAGGUACAAGGACCCGAAGCAGCCGCUGAACAGGCGGAUCGACGACCUGCUGCGGCGGAUGACGCUGGCGGAGAAGAUCGGGCAGAUGUCGCAGAUCGAGCGGGAGAACGCCACCGCCGACGUCGUCAACAAGUACCUCAUAGGCAGCGUGCUAAGCGGCGGCGGCAGCGUGCCGGCGAAGAACGCGCCGCCGGAGGCGUGGGUGAAGAUGGUGAACGGGAUGCAGAGCGGAGCGCUGUCCACGCGCCUCGGGAUCCCCAUCAUCUACGGCAUCGACGCCGUCCACGGCCACGGCAACGUCUACAAGGCCACCAUCUUCCCACACAACAUCGGCCUCGGCUGCACCAGGGACCCAGAGCUAGCACAGAGGAUUGGAGCAGCUGUAGCUCUGGAGGUGAGGGCCACCGGCAUCCCCUACGUCUUCGCUCCUUGCGUGGCGGUGUGCAGAGACCCUCGGUGGGGCCGGUGCUACGAGAGCUUCAGCGAGCACCCGGGGGUGGUACGCAACAUGACCUCCAUCAUCUCCGGGUUCCAGGGCGAGAUCCCGGCGCCGGCGAGCGGCGGCCGCCCCGGCGCGCCGUACGUCGCCGGCGGGCAGCGAAACGUGGCGGCGUGCUCCAAGCACUACGUCGGCGACGGCGGCACCACCAAGGGCGUGAACGAGGGCAACACGGUGGCGUCCUUCCACGAGCUCAUGGCCGUCCACAUGCCGCCCUACUACAACGCCGUCAUCCGUGGCGUCUCCACCGUCAUGGUCUCCUUCUCCAGCUGGAACGGCGUCAAGAUGCACGCCAACCACUUCCUCGUCACCGACCACCUCAAGAACAGGCUCCGCUUCAGGGGUUUCAUCAUCUCGGAUUGGCAAGGGCUUGACAGGAUCACGACCCCUGACCACGCUGACUACCUUCUGUCCAUCAAGCUGGGCAUCCUGGCCGGAGUUGACAUGGUGAUGAUCCCGUACACGUACACGGAGUUCAUCGACGACCUCACGUUGCUGGUGCAGAACGGCACAAUCCCGAUGAGCCGCAUCGACGACGCCGUCCGCCGCAUCCUGCGCGUCAAGUUCACCAUGGGCCUCUUCGACAACCCCUACGCCGACACCAGCCUCGUCGGCGAGCUCGGCAAGCAGGAGCACCGCGACCUGGCGCGCGAGGCCGUGCGCAAGUCCCUCGUCCUCCUCAAGAACGGCAAGCCCGGCGCAAAGCCGCUGCUGCCGCUGCCCAAGAAGCUCUCCUACGGCGGCAGAGUCCUGGUCGCCGGAAGCCACGCUGACGAUCUCGGUAGCCAGUGCGGCGGCUGGACCAUCACCUGGCAGGGCCUCACGGGGAACAACCUCACCGCCGGGACCACCAUCCUCGACGGCAUCAGACGCGCCGUCGCCCCCGGCACGGACGUCGUCUACUCCGAGAACCCCGACGCUGGCUUCGUCCAGAAGAACAAGGCACGGUUCGACUACGCCGUCGUCGUCGUCGGCGAGCCUCCCUACGCCGAGACGUUCGGCGACAACCUGAACCUGACCAUCCCUGCGCCCGGGCCGGACAUCAUCCGGAAUGUUUGCGGCAGCAUCAAGUGCGUCGUCGUGCUCGUCUCCGGCCGGCCGCUGGUGGUGGAGCCGUUCAUGGAUAUCAUCGACGCGCUGGUGGCGGCGUGGCUGCCGGGGACGGAGGGGCAGGGCGUCAGCGACGUGCUGUUCGGCGACUACGGGUUCACGGGGAAGCUGUCGAGGACGUGGUUCCGGUCGGUGGAUCAGCUGCCCAUGAACGUCGGCGACGCGCACUACGAUCCAUUGUUCCCGUUUGGGUUUGGCCUCCAGACACAGCCGUCCACAUAUUAGAGGGUUAUUGCAUGGCCUGAAUUUGAGCUAAAUUCUUAGAUUUCUCUGUGAAAUAUCCAAAGAGAGAGACUCAGGUUCCGGAAUGUCAUUUGCAUUUUAUACUCCGAGAGCUUACUCGAUCCAUGUCAGUACUGAGUAGUAUUGUACUGUAGUAGACAAUAAUAAGCUCCGGAAUAAUCCGAUGGUCUCUCGUGCCGACAUGAUGGAUCGUUUGAAACUAGUAGUAGUGAUUGCCUGCCCCUUCUCCUUUGUUUAGUGGGAAGUAAGGAUAGCUUACUUUUAGAAUAAAAUUCUCCCCCGAUCCUUAAACUUGA